GACGAUACCAGUGCUUCACUCUGAAGACUUCCUGCUGUGUCUGUCUGUAGCGUGUAAUAAGACAACAUUCAACUUUGAGUCACUUUCGACACUCUUCUUCGGCUCUGAUGCAUUUUCAGCACUUGGCAUGUAGAUGGACUUAUAAUCUGACCACUCUCAGAUCCGAUUGGAAGAGUUUCCCAGUCCGGGGAAUAAGAAAGAGAAGAUGAUUUCAAGAGUGAAGGCGCUCUUCUUGCUGGCGUUUGUGACCGGCAUCUUUGUCUUCAUGAGAGGAUUCAUGAUGCAACUGCCCCAACUGCAGGACGAAAGUCCGUCGGUCGAAAGCUGCCACUGUGAGAAAUGUUUUCCAGAAGAUGAUCAGUGGUUUGUGAAGCGUUUCGACAGAUCUGUGGAACCAUUUCUGUCGACAAAUUACAAUCUUCCGGUGGAGGCUUUCAACUGGUGGAGGGGCUUACAGUAUGAAAAACGCAACUAUGAUGUCUACAAUAAAACAGUGGAAAGACUGUUUCAGAUAUUCCCACCAAGUCCGGAUGUUUUAAAACCCAGCCGUGACCACUGCAGGAGCUGUGCUGUGGUGGGGAAUUCUGGCAAUUUGAAAGGAUCGCAUUAUGGACGUCUGAUAGAUGCCCAUGAUAUCAUCAUAAGAAUGAACACUGGAAAAACCCAAGGCUAUGAAGCAGAUGUUGGGUCCAGAACAACUCAUCGUAUCAUGUAUCCAGAGAGUGCCAUGGACCUGAACAACAGCACUCAUCUUGUGCUGUUUCCAUUCAAGAUACAGGAUAUUGAGUGGCUCAACAAGGCUUUCACCACAGGAUUUUAUGGAUCCUCCUAUCAGCCAGUAAAAACAAAGAUCAAAGCAAACAAGGAUUUGGUGAUGGUUGUCAAUCCGGCCUUUAUGAAGUACGUUCAUCAAGCAUGGCUGAAUAAGAAAGGCAGGUAUUCUUCCACUGGAUUUAUGGCUCUGGUCCUUGCCCUGCAUAUUUGUGAUGAGGUUCAUGUGUUUGGUUUUGGAGCGGACAAAGAUGGAAACUGGAGUCAUUACUGGGAACAACUCAAUAACAAAAGGUUAAGAACUGGAGUACAUCCUGGAAGUCAAGAGUAUGAAGCUAUACUGAGGCUAGCCAGGCUCCUUAUAAUCAAGUUUUAUAAAGGGUGGUGAUAUUUUGUGUCAACAAAUUUAAUUUGUUUAUAUUUAUUCAUUAUAAUUUUGAUGAUACCGAUUGACACAACUAAACAGUUCUAAAUGCAAACAAGUGGUUUAGAACAUCACAAAUGUGGACAACACACAUACAGAUAGCAACAUAAAGUAAAUACAAAUCAUUACCUCUGUACAUCUGCAUUCUCCCUAUCACCAUGAGGGGACAGUGUGCUGGAAAUUUCUGUUAACGAUGCAAAAGAAAGGAUCAUGAGUCAAUCAAUGUCUUUGUUUAGUUUAAUUCUUCUUGCAAGUAGAAGGAACAAAGCUUCAGAGUGUCAAUACAGUCUGAAGGAAAGCUCGAAGUAAUCACAAUAUGCUUGGGUUUAUAUGCACAUGCUUCACAGAAAAACCUUCAUGCCUAUUAUAAUGCUUACUGCAGAAUGCCACUGUUACUACAUUAUUUGAAUUGGCCUAAAACCCCCUUUAAUGUGAAUUAAAAAUCUGUGCCAUUUUUCUUCUUUUUGGAUGUGUCAUAGAAAGUAAGGCUGGCUUACAUGACCAAAAAAUGUAUACUCACUCUCUAUUUGUAUUUUCUACAUACUGGCUUUUUUUCAGCUUUUAGACAUGUGAGAUUCAGGGGUGGGCGUGUGUGUGUGGGGGGAGGGGGUGUCUUGCUGUAAGGUGACAGAAUUUACCACUGUGCAGCCCUGUAUCACAAACAGACUGAGAUAUUGUGAAAAAGGAAACAGCUGCUCAGCAACAUGCACUAAUAUGUCUUUGACACUGAUGCAAACAUUUUUUUUUAAGAUAAUGUUUCGUCAAUGUUGCCUUUAUUUUAAAAUCUGUGGGUGAUUGCAUAACAAAGUGCCCAACUCUAAUGUCUAUAUUGAAUGGCCUGCAGGUUGACUCCAAGAUAUGAUUUAUAAUAAAAGAAUACAUUUAAGGCUUGUCUUUGUUUUACAGCUCUACACAUUUCAAUUAUGGCAAAUCCUAAGCUUUUCCAUGUGGUGAUUUUGGGGUUAAAAGUGUCUUGGUUACCUUUCCCUUUAAA